CAUUUCCCUGUUUACUAACAAUCUUUUCUAUUCCCCAUCAUUCAUCUGGCAUUUAUUUUGCCAACAGGUUGGCUUCUCUUCGAUAAUCAAUCUUCUUCUAGGUCUCUGCUGGUGAUUUUUUCCCCCUUCCCUGCUGCCUACUUUUUCACCUCCCACGGUCUUUUUAGUGACAUCACAUGCACAAUAGUUUAACCCCCCUAACCGCUAAUCUCUUUCGCCUACUGCCCUCCUCCACACAUAGUCUCCCAAAAAGAUAAGAGGGUUGUAUGCCCCUUUACAUAACCACUCUGCAUCAUAAUUGCAUCCACCUUUAAUUCAAAUGCAUGGAAAUAAGCCAUUCUCUGGGUGCCACUUCGGUUGAUUACGGAGUUAGACCUUGUUGAAAUAAUCGGGCUGCUGAACUUGACGGCUUCUGCGCUAUGGUGUUAUAAUUCCGCGGCAGGGGGUGCGUGGAGCAGAUGGCACUGACAGACUGUAACUUACCAAACAGAGAGGGCAGGGCAUGCUGGGGAAAGACCUGAGACAAAGGUGACGAGAUCACCGUGUCUUAGUUAGCUGCAGACCUCUGGCUUUGCACUCUGUAAAGAAGACGUCCAAAGAAAACAAAGCGUAUUCUAUACAACUAGAUCAUGCCUUAGCAUUCAUCCUCUGCCAGCAGCAGCAGGAGGGGAAAAAUAAUUUCAAUUUUACCACAGAGCGGCUGAGGAGGAGGAGGAGGAAAAGGAGGCGUGGCCUACCCAGUGAGAUAGUGAUGCUCUCAGCAGGUGCCAACAAGUGAGAGGUAGCUCAGAGCGGAGAUGGAGAAGAGGCAGUAAGCGCAGAAGACGUCCACAAGAAGAUAUCCGUGCACUACAACCAACCAGCAGCUGCUAUUUCCAGUUGUCCAGCUCAUCACCUGUGCUGCCAUGUUGCUUUGUCCCUUGUUGCUGGGGGCCACUCUGCUCGUCAUGGCCCCCCUUGACACCUUGGAGGCUCGUGUGCUGCACCCUCCUCCUGAUAGCAGCGCACAGUUAAUGGAGCAGCUGCUGGACCAUUACGACUUGGAGAACCUCUUAAACAGCCCGGCAGAGGAGCAGUCCACCUUGUCCUCCGACUCCAAAGCUUCAGAGUUCCCCGCCAAGUGGGUCGACGUCCAGGCGGAGACACCCUGGCUCCGCCUCCUCAGAGAGGCCAUGGCCAAUCAGAAGCGAGCGGAGACAGAGCAGCGCUCGCGGAGGGGAUGGAACCGAGGUUGCUUUGGUCUCAAACUGGACCGAAUCGGGUCCAUGAGCGGAUUGGGCUGCUAGUAGAAAUGUGCAGCGGAACAGACUGCAGUCACCGUUUUAGAUGCUGGAAGGUAAAGGGAAUUUGACAUGUUAGUUACCAUGCUAGUAGAUGUUAAUCGCUGUUUGAAUAGUGCAGCUUUAUAUGCUUUCAUGUGUAAGUAUUAGAAUGUCAUCAAGCAGCAUAUGCUCAUUGUAAAACUACUGUUGAUAGUAAAUCAUGUAUAGCUUUUGUUUGCAAAUCAUAGUCAAAUGUUGUCAAAGUUGUAUAGUAAAAACUUAUAGACAUGUGCACACUUCCCACUUUUUAUUCACCUAUUGAUUUGCAUAUUAAACAGAUUUGGACAUUU